CUUAAGUGAAAUGAUUAGAAGUGAUUAGUGAGCACUUGGAUGUUAUAAGCAAACGUGAACCAAGCGAGAAUCUUGAUACAUUAAGCAAAUGGAAUCAGAAACCUUUAAAUAACAAGAUGCAAAACAACAGAACGUGAUAACGAAGGAACACCAUGAGGAAUACGCAGUUCCAACCAGUAACGAAUAGCAACAUUAAAUCCAACACACAAGUACUAAUCAACCACCUGUAAAGAAGUAUUAAAAUCUGAGACACGCAGAGAUGUUCCAACGAACAAGAAGGAUAAAUCUAAUUUGAUAACAGUGAAGAACUGCAGGAACAGAUCUAGGGAGUAUACACUAUAGUGUUGUCUAAAACCUUAAAAAAGAAGAAAGAACAACAACAAAGGAUAGCAAGUCUAUGUCGUCUCUAGGAACCAGUUGACCACAAAUGCAGAAAUACUGAAAAUCGAAAUACAGCAGUGGAAUUCAGUGAAAUUAAUGGAAUAAAGAUGUCAUCUUAUAAUUGUACAAACACAGACCCAGGGGAAUUGAAAAACCAGUUAGGACAAGCUAGAAAUGAGCUGAACAAUAUAAGGUUACAUUAAAAGUUGGUUUCGUCACAAGAAUGGAACACCAAGGCAGGGUAGUGUAACGACUCUAAGCCGAGGAACGCUGAAAAUUGAUAAGGCAGUGUUUAAUAACCCGCAUCAUUCACUGGAAGGCUUGGAUGAAUACUCCCACAUUUGGAUUUUCUUCAUCUUCAACAAAAAUGGUGAAAUUAAAGAUGGAAAUCAUGUGAAGUCAAAGGUUGCACCUCCAAGGCUGAAUGGGAAACGGAUUGGUGUUUUCGCUACUAGAUCUCCUCACCGUCCCAAUCCUUUAGGCCUAACGUUAGCGCAUGUAGAAUAUAUCAAAGAAGACUGUAUUUACUUGUCAGGAUUGGAUAUCUUGGAUGGAACACCAGUCGUAGAUAUUAAACCAUACAUUCCUGAGUAUGAUUGUCCACAGCUUGAAGGCCUGUAUGCUAGUCCAUCUUUAUCUGACAGUGAAGUAAAUGAUAAUGCAAAAUACCCAUCAAAAGAUAACAUUGAAGCCAUAAAAAAUGAUACAUUUAGUAUUAAAAGUUGUGACUCAGACACUGAUGUGCAGAGUGUGAGCUGUGUUAAUUUGGAGAGUAGAUUACCAGUCAGUGAAAGAAAUAGUGAAAGCAAAGAAAGUGUCUACCAAGAUGGUGCAGGAAGAAAAUACAUUGGUGUGAAGAAUUGUCAGCAAGUAACAACAGCGGAAUGGCUUCACAGUGUACAUUCGUCAUUGCAAGUAAUAUAUAAUCCUAUUGCAGCAGAUGAGAUCAAGAGAUUUUCAGCAGCUACAGAUGACGAGCCUUACAGACUUCAGUUCCUCAGAGACGAUAAAGAAUUAAAGAAUGCAAUUAGGAGUGUGCUUAGUGAGGAUCCGAGAUCAACUUAUCGACGGGAAAAGUGCCCAUCCUUGCUUUAUUAUUUGACAGUGGACACAGCACAUGUGACCGCUUGGUUUGAUGAUACAACUGUGGAGGUGCUGCGUGUGAGACCAGUCAAAAAUGUUGCAGUGAUGCAAGAGAAUUGUGAUAAGUGAAUUAUAAAGCAGAAUUUAUUUUGAUCUUGCUAGAUUGGCCAUUCAUAACUUUUACCUUACAAAAACUCUUUAAGCUUGCACCUUGUAAUAAUCAUAUUGCAUUUUUUUUUCCUUCAAAAUUUGGUGGAUGCACUGUAAUGAGCUCAUGUAUUUGAUAAUUAUAAUAUUGUUCUUGUGCAUGGAGUUCAAUAAACCAAAAUAUUCAGUGAGUUAUCUUUUUGUAAUUUGAAAGACAUUUUGGAUAUGACAUUUUUAAUAGCAUUCUUUUAUUUUUGUUUUUUUGUAAAGGGUUGCAAAAAGUAACAUGUUUUUUCAAGAAUAUAUCAAGUUUUGUAUAUUUGGUAAAUAAGGAAAAGUACAUGUCUUUUGGCUGCACAUUUUUUUUGGAAAGGGAAAGUGGCAAAUAACUGAAAAGAAAGAGAGAAACAUAUACGGAAAUAUGAAUAAAUAUGAAUGAAAUGUCAACAGUAUAGUCAACAUAAUACCUUCCAAGUGUUCUCUGCACUUAUAGCACCAUGUUACAUGGAGUUGCCAAGAAUAACUACUGCUGUACUGUAGCUGGCAAUCAGCAUAUGGUAAUUUUCUUAGUGAUCUUUAUACUUAACCCUUUAUCAAAACUAUGAAAAUCAAUCCAAGAAUCAUGCCAAUUUAAUAUAAAUGCAGUAAAUAUGCCAGAGAGGAAAAUAUAAUCUGUUUACAACAUAAACAGUGUCAUCUUCCAAUGCACUUUUUCCCUCAUACACACAUCAUUUAUUUAACACAUCCGUGCUGCUACUGAAAUGGAUACCUUGAACCCUAUUUACCCUUGUCAAAUCCUAAACAUUGUAUAUCUGUUUUGGCAAGUACAGUUAUGAGUGGCAGUGAUGUGACCUAUUUAUCAAGUGCUCCAAAAGUGAUUUCCCUUCUGGAUGACAUUAGGCUGAUUCUAAAGCUAUUAGAGUUGGCUCGCAAAUCUGUCUUGUUUAACUAGCUAUAAAGAGAACUCAUACAUAAUUUCAACACUGCAGCGCACACAAUAAACAUUGUAUUCUCA